GUCUUGUUUCGCUAUUGCAGAAAUGUGGUAAGAGGUUCAUGGGAAAUGGCGGCGAGUAGUGCAGAUGAAAUGGAGGAAAUUGAGGAAAAGUUGGUGAAGCAGCAGCAGCUGUGCUGGAAUGCGAACAAUAUGGGUGUCAGUAGAGAUGGUAUAGAACGGGAGGAUGAGGGUCAAGGGCCGGAAUGUUCGGCAGUGAAAAGACAUAGGAAGAAGAGCGAUCAUGAUACAGAAAGUAGUGGAUCGUCUUGUAAAGAAUGCUUAAAGAGGGCCAAGGUAGGAUACAAGAGUAGUGAUGUGUUGGAGUGGAAAGUGGUGAUUGUGUUUGAUGAGACCACAGGGUCUCACUUACACCCUAUCUGACUAAUUGGGUUGAAGGUAAUGCCGCAGAGAAAGAGGUAGGUGAAGUGAAAUUAGCUCGCUUCAUUGGAAAUGGUAGAUUGUUAGUAUUGUGUGGGAACAAGGGGAAGAUAUUGAAAAUAGAAACAUUGAAUGGGAUGAAGAUUAAAAGCCAUGUACCUGGUGCUUAUGCUAGGUUAAGGGUGUUCCUCACUGGGGUCCCAAUAUAUAUCUAUGUUCACAGAUGAAAGAGGUGAAAGGUUAUCAGUGAUGCUGAGGUUUGAGAAAGUCUUGCCGGGAAAAGUACAGAUAGGAUUCCUUAGUUUCAAUGUUAGAUCAUUUGUCCCUUGCACUGUGGUGUUUUCAAUGCCAAAGAAUGGGACAUGUAGCUGCUCAGUGUAAAGGAAAGAAAAGAUGUGCCAAGUGUAAAGGUGCACAUGAUUACGGUGAAUGUGGAAGCAGUGUGAAGGCCUAGACUGUCCUUAUAGCUCCUAUGUACUGUAAUCAAUGGAGCCUCAAGAUCUAACCAAAGUGGUUCUGCUGGCUUGUGGGUCUUUCAACCCCAUAACCAAUAUGCACCUGCGUAUGUUUGAAUUGGCACGGGAUUACCUGGAAGAUACAGGACAGUACAUAGUUGUGAGGGGCAUCAUCUCUGCAGUGGGUGAUGGCUAUAAGAAGAAGGGUCUGAUUGAGGCCUGUCACCGUGUAGAUAUGGCCAGGCUGGCCACAGACACCUCUGACUGGAUCAAGGUAGAUGCAUGGGAGAGCCAGCAGCCUGAAUGGGUGGAGACAGCUAAAGUGAUGCGGCAUCAUUAUAAAGAACUGAUGACAGCGGAACAGAACAAUGACUAUGUGGACACUGCGAAGAAGAGGAGGAUUGAGGCGACAAAGCACGCUUUUGAGGAUCCAUCCUCGUAUCACACAAGGAGAGACAACGGCCCUCAGCUGAAACUCCUGUGUGGCGCGGACGUCCUGGAGUCCUUCGGCGUCCCCAACCUGUGGAAGCACGAGGACAUUGCCGAGAUCGUGGGCCGCUAUGGCCUGGUGUGCAUCACCCGCAACGGCUGUGACGCCCACAAGUUCAUCCACCAAUCGGAGGUGCUGUGGAAGCACCACAAGAAUAUCCACGUGGUCCGUGAGUGGGUAACCAAUGAGAUCUCGGCCACGCACGUGCGUCGGGCCCUGUGCCGGGGCCAGACCGUCCGCUACUUACUACCGGACCCGGUGGUGAGCUACAUCCGGGAGCACGGCCUGUACAGUGCCGAGAGUGAGCAGAAGAACGCUGACGUCGUCCUUGCCCCGCUUCAGAGACACACCGGCCCCUCCUCCAGCUGAGGUGGCCAGCCAUGUUGCCUGCUGCCAACUUGAAUGCCUUGAGACCAUUGAAGGCCGGUGGGAGGAGCUAUGGAGCUAAUGGAAUAGAUGGAAGGGCAUUAAAUGUGGUUUCCAUAUGUUUGAUCCCUUUACAAUUUAUUUUCUAGCCAUUACAAUUAGCCCGUCUUCCUACAGCUCCUCCAACCGGCCUCCUCUACUUGAGACUGUGUUGUAGAAGCAUUUAUCUUUUACUGGUUUGAGAAGAUUUGUGAAUGAAUGCAUAAUGUUUUUGUAUAUUUUUGUAACAGUUGAAGUAGACUGCUCACCAGUGCUAGAAUGAGUUUGCACUAGAAUAGCCUCUUGUGUGGCAUCUCCUCAGAGAAUGGGUGAAUCUGCUAAAGUUUAAAUGAAUAACUGUGUUUUGUAGAAAAGUAUAAGCACCCAAGUAGUGGCAAUCCCAAGCGCCAGAAUGUAAACCCUUGAUCUGUCACUAACACUCAAUCUGGUCCUUAGAGCACUUUAUCUAUAUAAUAGCACAGAUCGACACCCAUGAUUAUUUGUGUACAAAUGAGGAUCCUUGAUUUACAUUGAGCCUGAUGUAUAACUACAGAAAUGUUUCGUUUCGCAAUGCAGUGAUUAACAAGCUCGUCCACCCUUGAGUACAUUUUGUGUUUUUUUAAAAUGCUGGGGCUUUAGUGUGUGUGUGUUUGACUAAUUCCCUCAGGCAAAGGCAGUUGGAAUAUAUGGAAGCCGUUUAGAUAUAGUAGGCUAGAGCGACAUACAAACGGCAUGGUGUGUAUUGAGAAAAAUAAAACGCUGUCUUUGUUUUGCAGCUUGUGAACA